AUGGCGCUGCCGCCGCUGACCGCGCUCGCCUUUUGCCUCGUCAUAUCCACGGGCGGGUUGCAGGGAUUCACCGUCAAGGCGGCACAGAGCGACUUAUAUGUUCCCAUCGGGGGAGACGCGGUGUUCACGGUCCGGCCGUCUAAUGCUAUCGAAAACGGAACCUGGUAUUUCAAAUCGAAAAGAAUCGUCCAGUGGCUCGGAACAGCACUGGUGAUCCAUCCUGAGUACACGUCACGGGUGGAUUUAAACUCCAACAGCGGGUCGCUGAUGCUGAGGUCCGUGAACCAGUCGGACAACGGGAUUUACACAGUGUCACUCACUGCAGUUGGCGGCGCCGCUCAAGCCUCAGCGACCAUCACACUGCGCCCAGUCGGCGGGUCGCAGGGAUUCACCGUCGAGGCGGCACAGAGCGACUUAUAUGUCCGCAUCGGGGGAGACGCGGAGUUCACGGUGCGGCGGUCAAGUGCUAUCUCCGGUGGAUACUGGGUUUUCAAACCGAAAAAGAUCGUCUCGUGGAUCGGAACAAACGCGGCGAUCCUUCCUGAGUACAGGUCACGGGUGGAUUUAAACUUGAACAGCGGGUCUCUGAUGCUGAGUUCGGUGAACGAGUUGGACAACGGGGAUUACACAGUGAUACUCAAUGCAGUUGGCGGCGCCGCUCAAGACACAGCGACCAUCACACUGCACGCACUCGAACCGGUGGAGAAUGUCACUCUACGAUCCAACAAUUCCGAGCUGGUGGAACAGCGAGACUCCGUCGUGAUGACCUGCAGCUCCCAGGGAACUCAACUGAAGUGGGAAUGGUUAUUAAACAAUCAACGCAUCCGGCAGAAUAACAGGAUAAAAAUAUCCGGAGACACUCUGGGCAUCAACCCAGUAAACAGGGCCGACACAGGGAUGUAUAAAUGCAUCGUAAGCAAUGGACUGAACAACGGCAGCGAUGAGACCUCCCUGGUGGUUUUCUACGGGCCGGAGAAUAUCCGGAUUCUGCCGCCAUUACCGGUUGUGGCGAUUGUAGGGUCGAGUCUGACCUUGACCUGCCUUGCCCUGUCCGAACCGGGUGAAUAUCGAUGGCUCAAGGGGAACCGCUGGCUACAGACCGAACAGGAGUACACCUUCGAUUCAGUCAGCUCGGCCAACAGAGGCAAUUACACAUGUCUGGUCACUAACUACAUCACCAAGAGGAACAUCCGUCUCGCCUUCCAGGUGACCCCGACAGCCGCUGUUACACCUGGUCUCACUCUUGGCGCCGUCGCUGGCAUCGUUGUCGGCUUAAUUGCUGCCGGUUUGAUCGGUGGAGUCGGCGCCACCUCGGCCACAGCUGCCGGGAACGGACUGGCAACCUAUGAAAAUCUCUCGGGUAAUACAGAACAGGGUCUGAAGAUGGAUGAAAGAUCGGUUUACAGCGAACUGCGGAGGUAG